GCCCGGUCGGCUUAGGCUUAGGCUAGGCUAGGCUAGGCUAGGCUCGAAACGCGACAGAUCGAUUCAAAGAUCGAUCGAUCUGUCGAUUCCUUGAUUGAUGGCUAAUGCUCGCAUCGAGCCCAAAUUAAGAAGCAGAUUAAGGCCCGCGAGGCCAGGUGGGGCAUCUGCCGAGGGAGAUCGACUGAUUUUAUUCACACUAACCAACUAACCAGACCCUGCGUCUGAUGAACUGAUUGGCUGGAGGGCGGGCUGGCUCGCUCUAGUGUGCUGCUGCUGCCUGCCUGUAUCUCCCUCGUCCUGUGUCCGUCCCUCCUUGAAGGUCCUUGCUUGCUUGCUUUCUUCGUCCCUCGCGUGCUCUAAUUUUAUUUUAUUUGGUGUCGAGCGAAGGGGCCAGUGCUCGUACAGGAGCGGUGAGAAAGAGAUCAAGAGCAGGAAUGAGGAACGAUGACGCGGAUGGAUGAUGCGAUGCGAUGCGAUGCGAUGGGAUGGGAUGGGAUGGGAUGGGUUGGGAUGGCAGGAAUUGGGUCACAACAAGAACUGCAUGAACGUGUGCGCAAUGUUUGUUUGAUGUUGCUUGCCGGGGCUUGCUUCUGAUCCGAUCCGUGAUUUGUGAUCCCGAGUCAGUGAUCCGAGUGAGUGUCGCUGUGGCGAGUGAGUUAGUGACUAGUCGAGUGAGCGAGAGCGGGUCUCUUCUCUUCACUGCAUCGCAUUGUCCAACAUUCGCCACGCUCCUUGCCCGCUUGCUGGCUUGCUGCUUGUGCCCGGCGAGCACAGCCAGCGUGCCUUCCCGUGACGAUUUGACAUACUGUUUGAGCAAGCGAGCGAGCAAACAAACGCCUUCUCUUUUCUCUGCAUCCCUCGCGUCGUGGCAGCCAUUUACUCCGGGCCUAGGUCUUUCGCGCACUCUUUCCAAUUCCUGUCCGACUUGACUGCGGGCAUCUGUCGAUGUUUUUGCCUCAGUCUGGAGCGGAGAAUCGAUCAGAGGGUUUGGUUCGGCGCCCUUCUUCCGCGACCUCCACUGUGCUCUGGAGACCGGAAGCGUCGAGUACUUUGCUGAACGAGGAUGUACAAGGCAGGGAUCCACUGUAGGUUGGCCUCCUCGGACGCCUGACAUGUGCAAGUUCCAGAAGCAAUCUGGACUCGUAGUGAAGUGACAUGGAGGAGCCCGGGAAUGUGGUUGAUUACGAGGCUGACUAUGGCCUUCGCUGGCCUGGGACUUAAUUAUAGAGCAAUUCGAUUGGCCAUUUGAGCUGGUGAUUGUGGAUGAGCGAGCUUCUGAUUGAGGAGCACGAGCCAUCUCGGCUGGCUCUGGUUGCUCUUGUAGAAUUCAAGAGCCUUAGCUGCGGAUGUGUCCGACUGCAGGCUGCUGCUUCGUGAUAUUCUCAGAUUUUUGAAAGAUCCAGUUGGAAAGAGAACAAGGCUGAAGUAGACGGAGUUACUUUUGGACCAAGUAAGCCGCUGUCUCCAAGACGAGCAAAAAUAACUCAUGAAUUCGUCACAGACGACGAGGUCUGCUCACAUAUGGAGAACAAGGUUCAUUAGUGUCUAGCCUCCAUUCAGUUCGUGAUAAAAAUGUUUUCAUCUAAGGUUACCAAGCUGAACUCUAGGUUUCGGGUCACUGGAUAGGACGCCAGUAUAAGGAUGAGAACCGAAACGCGAUUGCGACUGCGUGGUGGCUAAGAGAAUGCUUACGCCAGAUGUUCGCAAUGUGCGUAUUUGUGAAACAUCCUACGUGAACGUCAAUUUGGUGGGGAAGAAGAUCCAAGGAACUAGAAUCAAGCUCCGUCUGAAGUCACGAAAUGCAGGAUCUCGUAGCGUCAGUAGGAAGUAUUUCAGUCGAUUUGUACAGCUCAUCAUGGAUACAAACGGGAUCUCGCGCUCUUAGCCCCUGAUUUCGAGGGGCAGAUAUGGAGGAUAUAUAUAAAGUAGGUGAGAAAUGGCUGAAAACAGCAGUGGAUACAACUUCGACGAUUGCCUCUACAACCACUGCAAUCGUAGCGACAUCUUCUGCAAGAGCUUUGGGAAUCAUUGGCUCAACUUCCGGACGGCCGGAGGUUCCAGCUCGAGCUGCAGCAGCAGCUGCUGUUGCUCGAAAAAUUGCUGCCCUUCCUCCUCAUGAACGACUUUCUCUGCCCUCUACGUCUGAUGGAACUACGUCUGUCUACGGAGGCAGAAGGCCCCGGGGAGAACCUGCUGAUGAGUUGGAAGAGAAUUUUUAUGAGGAGGGUUUUGAUCCUGUAAGAUUUCUGCUCGAGCAUCUUCCUGAGGAGUCUAGUCAAAUGACACAGCAAUACUUCGAAUCCAAGGUUGGAGGAAGGUUGCUGCAACUUGACGUUGUUACGGAGAAGUUAUCCAAGCAAGUGAUGGAAAAUCAUGAAGAGAUGGUGCAAGGGAUGCAGCUUGUUACAGAACUUGACAGAGAUUUACAGCUCACUAGUAUCAUCUGUAAGAAUGGGCGCAGAUUUCUGUCCAUGGCAGCGCAGGAGGUUUCUCAGGACCUUUUGGUCGCGGCUAAUGUUAGGAAAAAACAAGUUCUAUUGGACCUUCUUCCGGUCUUAGAGCGGAUACAGUUAGCUAUGGAGACAAAAUCCCAAUUGGACAGCGCCGUUGAUGAAGGGGAUUUUGCGAAGGCGUUGCAACUAUGUUCAGAGUGUUUGCUGCUUCUAGAGGACUGCUCAACUUUGAAGGCCGUGGAGGAUGUGAAUAACAGCAUUGAGGAAUGGCUUCACAGAACAGUAGACAAAGUGGAUAAAGUCCUUCUUGGGCUCUGCAGCAAGUUCGAGGCAGAUAAAUACGCAACAGUGGUUCAGGCUUACAUCGUACUAGAUGACAUCACGGGACUUGCGGAGAAGGCGCAGACAUACUAUGCGCAAAUUCUUGUGUCUGAAACACAUUCUGUUAUCAGAAACUUGGUGUUUGAGGGACAAGAUCCUCAGGUCAUUCUGCAGAAAAGCAGAGUGCCAUAUAAUGAUUUGUGCGCGCAGCUUACCGAAUCAAAAUUCAAAGAAUGUCUGCACAAAUCUCUUGAAGUUCUUUUUGAUCUAAUGUCCUCUUACCAUCAAAUGAUGACUUGGCUUCCAAAAGUGACGUUAGAGAAAACUGCAGCUAAAAGUGAGAUUACAUCUACUCCACUUGCUAAUGGGAGGCAUCGACGCUCAGGGAGUUAUGGUGACCUGCUUAUAGCUGGAGAAGGUAGUCGCCAUGCUCGGACCGGUUCUUUGUCCUCAUCAGAACUAGCUCGAUUUUCCAGUUCAUCUCAGCAUGGCAGUCCAAGGUUUGCAAAUUUGAAACCUGGCAAACAUGACAUUGUCAGUAGCAAUGGAUCCUCGAUUUCAGAGGAUGACUUCAGAGGUGCAUUAGAUGACAGUGAACACGGCCGAACGAUUCGAGUAAGAGAGGCUGUGCUCAGCAUUGGAAGAGGUUUAGAAAAGGGUCGGAAAACCGUUUGGGAACUCUCUGCUCGCCGAGUGGCAGUUUUAUUAUCUUGUGAUGCUCUAUGUGCAACGAGUCCGCACCAUUUUUUGCAAAGCCUUGAUUGGGUGAACAAGUUUAUUUUGGCGGGAGAAGCUUUUUGUGGUGCAGAAGCAAUGUCAUUGAGGGCAAAGCUUGUGAAGCAGAGUGAGAAGUACUAUUGGUCAUUUCACCGGCAAAAUCUGGAAGUGCUUCGGAUGAUCUUGGAGAAGGAAUUGUGGCAACAACUGUCUCCAGCAGCUUUGAAGACACUGAAUUUUCAUGCAGGCAUUGUAAAUGGAGCACCUGUAGCCAAAACAUCUCAAGAUGGCGUGGAAGAUGUGGGUGGAAGCUCUCGACCUGGGCAAGUGGAAAAUGCUCUCUUGAGAACUAGGGAAAAUGUUUCUUCAAGAGCAGGUUUUGAAGAUUGGUUGGAGAAGGGAAAUCCUUUUAGUGAUAGGAAAUCACAGAAAGUUAUAGUGUUAACAGCAGGAGAAGGAAAGACUCCAGGAAAGCUGGAAAACGGUAAUACUAGUAGUCAGUUAGAAUCCGUUAAUUCAAACGGUGGUUCUAAAAAGGGAAGUGGUGAAGAUGAGGAAGAUGAAAAUGAGGAUCUUCUUGCAGAUUUCAUCGAUGAGGAUAGUCAACUGCCAGGUCGGCGGCUUUCAGAACAGAGAAGAAGACCUACCAAGAAUGCUCAAUUACAAGACAAUGAGGGAACCUUGAUACUCACGAGUUCAGCUGUCAGCCUUCUUAGGUACAUGGACAAGUAUGUGAAACUUAUGCAAAUCUUGCAGCCAAUUGUUUCAGAGGUUUUCAGGGGCUUGUGUCAGCUGUUUGAGUUAUAUUUUUUUACAAUAUUCAAAGUUUUUGGUCAACGGGAUCAUCUUUCGUUUUCCCUUAGAGCUACUCUGGUUAGAAUUUCUCAAGGUUUGGAAGAGCAACGUAUAAAGCUCCCCAUGUCUUCGUCACCCAGUGUGACUUCACCAUCUAUCGUAUCGAAUCCUAUUGGAAGUCUUCACUUGCCCUCAGAACCAUCUCCAUCUUCUAUGGGGCAUGGAGGUCCAGCAAUUCCGAUGUCGCCUAGCAACUUACACGCUUUAAAGGAGCGUUCAGUGGCCGUAGAGUCCCUGCUUUGUUUAUCACAGAUAUUGAACAAAUCAUAUCUGCAUUUCAAAGCUGUACUUCCGCAGGACACCCAGAUAUACAUGGACACGUUCUUCACUCAAACGGUGGAGUUAGUACCUGAAUUGAGAGAGCAUAUUUACAGGGUUGUUGCAAGGCUGCUUCUAAACAUCGGAGGAUAUAUUGAUAGGAUCUCCAAUGUCAGAUGGGAACUCAAGGAGUUGGGCAUGGAACACAACGGUUACAUAGAUUUGCUACUGGGUGAAUACAAGCAGUAUUCAAACAAGCUAGCACAAGGAGGUGUGCCGAAAGAGGUUCGAGAGGCAAUGCUGGAGUGUGGUGUUGAUGUUCUAGCAGAAACAAUACUAGAAGGAAUCUCCCGAGUGAAAAGGUGCAAUAACGAGGGACGUGCCUUGAUGUCUUUGGAUCUUCAGGUGUUAAUCAAUGGAUUACGGCACUUAGCUUCCCCAAAGCUGAAGUCAAAUCUCCUAAUAGUCGAGACCUAUAUUAAGGCUUUCUAUCUUCCUGAGACGGAGUACUUUCAUUGGAUACGAGCACAUCCUGAGUACACGAAGGCACAAGUAGUAGGACUGAUCAAUCUCGUAGCCUCCACAUACAACUGGAAAAGAAAGACCAGAAUGGAUUUGUUGGAGAAGAUAGAGACAGGCGAUCUCUGAUGUUUUCUUUGGGGCAAAAUUGAUUCUCUUGUUUAUUAGUGAUAAAAUCUAUUCUUUGCUGCUUCGGUGGAAAUUUGUGUAGUAUCUGAAGCACCCCAUGUUAGAAAAACUAGGAAGAAGAGCUCAUCCUCACAUUUAUGAGGGUUGCCCCACUACUGCAUUUCUGGGCAUUCAAUAGGUCGGUUAAAUCAAGAGCUGGCGUUCUUCAUGGAAGUGUUCACUUCUCAAACGCGAUGUGAAGAUCAGAGAGUUGGCUUCAAAAUGGUGCUUUUAUCGUUGUUGUCUCGUGUAGUCGAUCAACAGCGUCAGUGUUCUUCCCGUCCCGACCCGUCUCGUCCAGGAUCGAAGUCCAACAUGAGCUCUUAAGACAGCCUGACUCAGUCCUGCCCACCUUCACGUUUUUAAGAUGUGCAUAUUUUAGGGUUCCUGCAUCUGCGGCGUACCCUACUUAGAGAAGACCAAAUUAUAUUUUGUAAUCUUGGACGCAUAGAUGUGUAACAUAAGAGAGGUUGAUAACUUUAGCAAACAAAGAUUUGUGAGAUUGAUCAUGUUGUCCAUCCCUGGAAUCGCUACGUCCUGGAUUUAUUCAAAACUGUCCAUCUCAAGAUUUUGAGUUGAGAAUUCUAAAUGUGCAUGAUUCUCAUUCGGUAGU